GCGUAUGACUCCCACCGUCGACCAGAAGGCCGCACGCAUCGACAAACCAAGCGCGCCCCAUCACAUCGAUGGAGGAGGAACCCUAGUCAAGACAUCCAGAUCUCCCCUCUCCUCCCUCCCUCCCUCUCCCGUAGUAGACUCCCGUUGCCAGAUCGGAAGCCCGCGGCAGGAGCUCCGCCAAUGGGGUUCUUCGUCGGCCUCUUCCUGGGGGUCGUUAUCGGCGUCGGUCUCGUCAUGGCCUUCGCCCACUCGGAGAAUGCGCGAUCCAAGCGCCGAGGCGAGCUGGCUGCUACUGUGGCAGCUUUCUCAAAAAUGACAGUAGAGGAUUCACGGAAACUGCUGCCGGCUGAAUUUUACCCUUCAUGGGUGGUUUUCUCCCAGCGACAAAAGUUGAACUGGCUCAACCUUGAACUGACCAAGAUCUGGCCUUAUGUCAAUGAGGCCGCGUCCGAGCUGAUAAGAACUUCUGUUGAACCAGUGCUCGAACAAUAUAAGUCAGCUGUCUUAAGUUCUCUGAAGUUUUCGAAGCUUACUCUUGGUACUGUUGCUCCACAAUUCACAGGUGUUUCAUUAAUCGAGGAUGAUAAUUCUGGAAUCACAAUGGAGUUGGAGUUGCAGUGGGAUGGUAAUCCAAAUAUCAUCCUUGAUAUUCGAACAAGACUUGGUGUUUCGCUUCCUAUACAGGUGAAAAACAUUGGCUUUACAGGGGUAUUCCGUUUGAUUUUUAAACCGCUAGUGGACGAGUUUCCAUGUUUUGGAGCUGUUUCUUAUUCUUUGAGAGAGAAGAAAAAACUGGACUUUACACUUAAAGUUGUUGGUGGUGACAUAUCAUCUCUUCCUGGAAUUUCAGAUGCAAUCGAGGGAACGAUUCGUGAUGCUAUCGAAGAUUCAAUAACAUGGCCAGUACGGAAAGUUGUUCCUAUUGUGCCUGGAGAUUACAGUGACCUGGAACUGAAACCUGUUGGUAUAUUGGAAGUAAAGCUUGUGCAAGCUAGAGACUUGACAAAUAAGGACAUAAUAGGGAAGUCUGAUCCCUACGCUGUGUUAUAUAUACGCCCUUUACGUGACAGAAUGAAGACCAGCAAAACUAUUAAUAAUGAUUUAAACCCUAUCUGGAAUGAACAUUUCGAGUUUGUCGUUGAGGAUGCAUCUACUCAGAAUUUGACAAUAAAGGUAUAUGAUGAUGAAGGGUUACAGCCAUCUGAACUUAUUGGUUGUGCUCAUGUAAGUUUAAAGGACCUUCAGCCCGGAAAAGUGAAAGAUGUUUGGUUGAAACUUGUCAAAGAUUUGGAAAUUCAGAGAGACAAGAAAGAUCGUGGUCAGGUUCACGUGGAGCUUCUAUUUUGUCCUUUUGGGACGGAGAAUGACUUUUCAAAUCCUUUUGCUGUUCAGAAGUUCUCUAUGACUUCCUUGGAGAAGGCUCUCAAAGGUAGCACAAAUGGAACUGAUACUGCUAACUUAGACCGGACAGCAACUCAAAGGAAAAAGGAGGUCAUAGUGAGAGGAGUCCUUUCUGUGACAGUAAUUUCAGCUGAAGACUUGCCUGCAAUGGAUUUAAUGGGAAAGGCAGAUCCAUUUGUUGUGGUCCGUAUGAAAAAAGCAGAAACAAAGAACAAAACGAGGGUGGUAAAUGAAAGCUUGAAUCCAACCUGGAAUCAGACUUUUGAUUUUGUCGUCGAAGAUGGUUUACAUGAUAUGCUUAUGUUGGAAGUUUAUGAUCACGACACAUUUGGAAAGGACUAUAUGGGUCGAUGCAUCAUGACGCUGACGAGAGUCAUAAUGGAAGGGGAAGUGAGAGACAGUUUUCCGUUAGAAGGGGCUAAAUCUGGAAAGAUCAACCUGUACCUCAAGUGGGCAGCGCAGCCCAUAUUCCGGGACACAUAAUGGACUGAAGCUGAGCUGAUUCUACUCUUUGUAAGGGCUGAUCUUUUGGCCUUCUUAUGUGUCUUUGUGCAGGUAGUACAGAAAAAAAAUUCAAGCACUGUCUCACCUAUUUCAUUGCUACGAAGUCUUCCCCAGGUUGUGCAAUAGAGGUUGUAAAAUGCUCAACUCAAUCUAUCUGUCUGUUGUUUCCCAUAGCGCUCCCAUUUGGAUUGUAGAUUACACAAAUGUAGACAGACAAUUUGUUCUUUUUUGGGAUAUUCUUGUCAUAAGACUUGUGCGAGUGGGUGAAGGGUGUAAUAACUUAGCGGUGCCAUGAAACAUGCGGCUGUUCGCCAUAUGUGCCGUUGUAGUUUUGAAGUUCGAA